CCAACCCAGGCGCUAUGGACUUGGGGACGCUAGCGCGGGAACUGGGGCGCUGGGCGACCGAAGAGAUGCGGGUCCCCGCGGCGGCCCGGCCCUCAGAAUCGGCGCUGCGCAGGCUAUGUCUGGGCCAGGGAGCUGACAUCUGGGCCUACGUCGUGCGACACGUACACAGCCAGGAGACUGUCGAGAAGAUUCGGGGGAACCUCCUCUGGUACGGCCACCAGGACAACUCAAAGGCCCGUCGGAAGUCGGAGCUGGAAGCAACUAUUGCCCGUCUUCGGGCAGAGAUCCAAGAGUUAGACCAGAACUUGGAGAUGAUGGCACAAGAGACUGAGACUCAGGAUGUGGCUUUGGAGCAGGUGCUACAGAAAACACAAGACACCAAGCUUCGGGCACUUCUCCUCCGUGCCCAGGCAGGGGCUAUGCAGAAACGGCAGCAAGUACUCCAAGAGCCCACACAGGAGCUGCAGAAUCAACUCAAGCACCUACAGGACAUGCAGGGGAAAGCCAAAGUGGACAUCACCUUUGGGUCCCUGACCUCACCAACUCUGGGCCUAGAGCCUAUGGUUCUGAAUGAUGUGCGAACAGCUUGUGCCUUGCGGACUGAAUUCCUGCAAAACCUCCUGAUUCCUCAAGCCAAGACCAACAGCGCCCAAACCCAUCAGGAUGACCACUUUGGAAUUUCUUACCAGCAAUGGCUCAGCUCAGUGGAGACACUGCUGACAAAGCACCCACCAGGCCACAUCCUGGCUGCCUUGUCGCACCUGGCAGCAGAACGAGAAGCAGAGAUUCGAGCCCUCUGCAGUCCAACAGGGCCCAAGGAUGCAGAGAAAGACAGGUCCCAGGUAACAGAGAAGGCUGAUUCCAGCGAGGCCCUGUCAUCGACAAUGCAUCUCAUCCAGGAGGGCUGGAGGGAUGUGGGUACACUGGUCUCCCAGCGGGGACCCCUCCUAAAGGAGCAGCAGAUUCUGACCAGGCGCCUCCAGGACCUAAUAGAAGAGGCAGAGAGAACAAACCUGGGGUCCACUGACAGGCAGGCAAUGAUGCUGGGACUUCAACGCUGUGGCCUAUGGGCAGAGCUCAAGGCCCUUCGGGCCAAGGUCCAGGAGCUGGAGGAGGCAGCUGAGCAGCGGCAGUUUCAGCUGCGGGAGCUCCAGGCCAAGCAGCACCGGAUCCUGUCCUGGCGCCAGCUAAUGAAAGAGACUCAGACCCAGGUCUGCCUGCUCAUCAAGAGCAACUCGACCAGCAAGAAGGUCCUGUGCCAGAGCCCCACAAAGGUGCUGAGUCUGGUUCAGAAGAAACUGGUGCCCACGUCUGAGAUGGUGGCUCCGCAAAGCCAGGAGCUGUUUCGCUGUCUGGAGAAGGAAGCCCAGCUCCUGCCCCACCUGCAGCUGGGCUCCUGGCUGUGCCACGGUCCUGAGGGGUUGCUGGCCCUGCCCACCUUCCUGCUGUCCAUCCACCAGCUGCAUCCCGCCUCCCCAAGGGGCUCCAGCCUCCUAGUGCUGAGCCACUUGCUAGGGCUGCCCUCUGGGAAGGCACCAGAGCUGCUCCUUCCAGCAGUUGCUUCACUGCGCCAGGACCUCCUCUUCAUCCAGGACCAGCAGAGUCUCCGGGCUUGGGGCCUGCACCACAUGAAGACUAGCUUGCCGCCAGGACCUUCUGCCCAGGAGCUACUGCAGACACAAGCAUCCCAGGAGGAGCAGCAGAAGGAGAGUCUGGGGCACACCCUGAAGCAGAUGGAGGUCCUGCUGAAGCAAGCGGUGGAGCGAAUCCCUGAGCUGAAGAGAGCUGUGGAAGACUGGUGGGAGCAGCCAGGUCAAGUCGCCCUCUCCGGGGAGCUCUGCCAUGGCCUGUCCCUGUCACAGUGGCAGCUUCGCUGGGCCCAGGCCCAGGGCACUCAGCAGGCACUGUGAAAAAGAAGGGGUGCCCUGGGCUCCAUCCCAGGACGCCCUGAAGUGCCUCUUAGGACAAAGUACUAGACCACCUGCUCUAAACACCAGUGUCAGGCACUGGCAGAUAAGUCAGCAAAGACCCCCGCUGUGGAGAGGAUGGGGUUGCAGAAGGCACAGCUCCCACUGUGACAGAGAGGAAUCCCUGUGGGUGUCUGGAGGCUGGUGUCUAAGAUUAACUUGCUUCUAGUUGGCUUCGAUCUUCUUACUUCGAAAUCUGAGCCCUCAGGAAAUAAGCAAAUUACCCCCAUUUUGUCUUUAUACAUAUAUCUCAGUAGCACUUCAUAUCCCCAGUCUGGACUGGUUCCUUCUGAGAUACGAGUAUGUAGGUCAACCUAAGAGACAAGGGAACUUUGUCUACAAAGUUUUGUAGAGCACUGGAAAUGAAUGUUGAGUAUGACCCAGCACCUUCGAGCUGUGCUUCUUAGGUCUGUGCAUUUCAGUGUAAUAAAUGUUUCCUCAGUA